AUGCUGGCUGUGCGAUGCCUGGUGCGGCUCUAUGAGAUGCCGCCCGAGUAUGGCCAAAUCUCGGCCUUUGACACCCACGGCAGCACCAUCUUUGUCGGCACCGACCAUGGCGUCCUCCUGAAGCUUGCCGUCGAGGGUGCAUCCUUGUCGGAUACAGCACAGCAGACGACACAAAAUAUUACUUCUAGCAAGGACGGUCCGGACAGCAACGGCCGUGCACAUAACUUGGCGACACAUGAUGCAACGUAUAUGCCGAUGUUUGCCUCUUCGGAAGCCUCCGAGAAAAUUCACACCACACUUGUGCGUUUCACUCUGCUGUCAGCGAUGAAAAAGAAAAUUGAGCGUCUCCAACACAGUCGCACACAUACUCUUCUCUUUGUGUUGUAUGAGCAUCGCCUUGUUGUGCUGAACUCUGUUAGUUUUUCCCAUCUCCAAACGAUUGCUGAACAUGUUGGCACGUUCUUUGUUUCAGAUUCUCAGUCGAACAGUCCUCAACGCGCGGGUCUUCAUGUGGUGUGUGCAUCCGAGUUGAAUGGUAAAGGACUUAGCGUAUUUGAAUUUGAUGCGUCCCGGGGCGAAAGCGCACGGGCCAUUCUCGUACAGGAGCUUGUGCUCCCUGAACCAGCUCAGACCCUUGUUACUUAUGGCAGCAUCGCCUGCGUUGGUAUGCGGCGCGAGUAUAGUCUUCUUUCCCUCUCAGAUGGGAGCUCUUGUGGUGUUCUCCCUCUUGGUGGAGAAAAACAGCCGCUGUUGGCAGCCGGUGACGGCGAAGUGUUUAUGCGUCACAAUCAUUCCAUUUUUUCCGUGUCGAUGCGCUCAAUGCCGUCUGGGAGAGUCAUGGGAAGGACUAUUCGGCUGAAGGACGAGGCGCUUUCUUUUGUUGUCCGCCAUCCGUUUCUUUUUGUGUUCACGGAGCAUUAUGCGAUGUG